UUUACGACCGUCUUUCUUUCACGUUUGGUCAUUCCAUCGUUAUGCCUCGACCAAAGGUAGAUGAGAGAUUUCGGAAGCGCAUCGCCAAAGCCUGUACGUAUUGUCAAAAAAGUAAGCAAAAAUGUGACGGCCUCAAACCGUGCGCCCUAUGCGUCAGACGAGACCAAUCCGCCAGCUGUGCUUAUUCACCACACGUACGGUCUUACGGUCGUAAUCGAAGCCGUCAAAAUGCUUCUCAGCGUCAUCUUCCACCACAAGGGCCAAGGAGAACUAUAUCAGAUGCACAUCAUCAAACUGAUGAGCCCGCAGAGCCAGAGGUUUUAGUCCCUGGUUUAUCUCCCAUCCUCUCGAAUAAUCGAGGAGAGGCUGUCUACCUUGGGAAUUGUGCAGCUUUAGCUUUCCUCCAGAACAUCCAGCAGCUGAUAGAAGCCGAGGCCGGUCCAACUUCGGAUCUUCCUCGUCUUUCCAUUUUCGAGGAGGGCCCUCCCACCCAGGAAUCUAGCUGCAUACCACUUCCCAGCUGCACGGAAAACGAAUUGAGUGACCUCGUUGCCACCUUCUUUGUUGCUACCUGCGGCGUAAUGGAUUUGUUUGAGCAGGACCAAAUUAUGUCCUUCUUAAGCAACUGGGUGAACGAUCGAGCCCGGAUAGAUAAUCGCUCACGAGCUGUUCUAUGUCUUGUCAUCGCCUGCGCAGCCCAAAUGCGAAGCACCACCGCAGCUGAGAGGAAUAUGGCGCAAUCUUUCUACCAGCACGGCCGACAGAUCGGGUUACUUGAGCUUACGAAUGAUCCGACCAUCGAGACGAUUCAGGUAUUCGCCUUGAUCAGUCUGUAUAUGCUUGGCUGUUGCUGGCGAAACGGCGCUUCUUUGAACUUAGGAAUUGCUAUUAGUGCGGCCAAAUCGCUCGGAUAUCAUCAGGAGCAUGCAGGCUCCGUACUCAAUGAGCGGGAACGCCAAAGAAGGGCCCAGGUGUGGAACACACUUCAUUACCAUGAUUUAUUUUUCUCGGCGAUGAUGGGCCGAAGCUGCUCUACAUCAAGUACAGCUGCCAAUGCUGACGAAGAGGAUCGAUUGAUCUCCCGAGGGAAUGAGGAUAUACUCAGCCAGACUUUGUCCAUGACUGAGUCGCUGCGUGCAUUUUUGACUAUAGAAUCUACGAUCAAUAAGGUCUACAGCAAGCAAACGAUAUCCCUGGGUGUAUUACAGGGUCUGGCUACUGAGCUACGAGAGAGGAGCCUCGCUUUGCCGAAGUCAUUCUGCACUCCUGCUAGUUCUUCGAGAAACGCCAGCUUACAAGAUCGACAGUGGAAUCUUCGUAAUGCUCACGUUACCUGCUCCUACUAUUUUGCAAUGAUGCUACUGACUCGGCCAUUUCUUAUAACAUACUUGAGGGCGAAAUUCUCCCUGAGGCCUUCUGAGGCAACUACAUGGAUUCCGAAGGGUGUUUCCUCUGAAAUCUCCGAUGGUGCCGCGGCGUGCGUUGAUUCUGCAACGUAUACCAUUCAGCUGCUGCACGAGCUAUUAGAAGCAAAUGUCUUGUACAAAAACAUGCCACUCAUAGUGGCGUGGGCGUUCGUCUCGGCGCUUGUUCUAAACGCUGCUCACCUUGGCUGGCUUGAUCCCAAGAAACCAUUCUUAAAAGUGCUAGAUCAAGUAGAUGAACUAUUUCACCAUUUCUUUGAGUGCAGUGCCCAGGCCCGCCGAUACCAUUUAAUUCUGAAGAAGCUUUCCAAAGCUGCGGAAGAUCACCGCAAACAGGCGGAGGAGCGAGCGUCCCAGCUUCGCACGGCUUACAUUCCACAGCUAUUCAGUUUAGGAUCGCAUGCUACUAAUAAAGGUCCCCGUAGCGCUCAGCAGCACUACGGCGGAGCAAGUUCGAGACACCCUGUCGAGAUUGACCAUUCUGCCCAGAGAGGUCAUCACGAGAUCAAUUCAUCUCAAAGCUUCAUGGACUUGAGAGGCGAUGAUAACUCCAGUGCACUUGCAUCAAAUACACAGCUUCCAAACGAAGCAUUGGAUCUGAUUAGCGAUCUGUACCCGGCUUUUUGUGACCCAUGCGACCUUUGGCCACAGUUAGAUGACUGCUCUAGUAUUUGGGACUUGUCCUGGACAGGAUCGCUAUGAGGGAAGGCUACUUGAAAUUGAGUUAAUAGAUGAUGCCGAUGUAAUUAAUCUAGGCAUUCUUAAAUCUUACGCUAUCCCAAGCUCGUUUCGAUGGCAUUAAAGGUGACACGCGUCAAUAAGGAACUAUCGGGUACCGGACCGAGCACUGCACGUAUCCGUGGUCGCCUUUUAUAUGAUUCUACGCUUCCUCGUUCAAAAGUCGGUUCCGCUGCCUAUCCUAAGUCAUGCCUAUGUCCGCUGGAGAAGCUUCUUCUCAUCCUAAUAAGCUCAAGCUCCUAGAAACUGCCCGUGUAUUUCUUGCCGAGGUUGAAAACCUGUAGGCGUCCCUUGACCUAUACAUAACCUCACAUUAACGAUAUUCUUCCCCAGAACCCCAGGCAAAGAUCUGGAAA